GACGUCGUGCGGCAUCGGAAGCGUGGUUCCCUCUUCUGCUUCUGGGAGCCAUCCAUGGCAAGGCGUUUGAUUCCUUCCCUCAACCGCGUUCUCGUGGAGAAAAUAAUCCCUCCUUCGAAGACCAGUGCCGGAAUCCUACUCCCGGAGAAAACCACCAAGUUGAACUCUGGAAAGGUCAUAGCCAUAGGUCCUGGUGCACGUGAUAGGGAUGGAAAACUUAUUCCUGUCUGUGUGAGUGAAGGGGAUACUGUUCUGCUACCAGAGUAUGGUGGCACUGAGGUGAAGCUUGGAGAAAAAGAGUAUCUCCUCUACAGAGAUGAUGACAUACUUGGGACCCUUUGUGACUGAUCUCCACUGUGUCAAUUAAUAUCGGCUUGAUUUGUGUUAUUACUGAGGUAAUAUAAUUCAAGUUGCUCGGUUGUAGUCCUUCUGUCUUGUUAUCAUUUUGUGACAGCUUGGUGGAUCAAACCAGAAACUACAGAAAUAAACAUCUUACUUUCUCUUGAAAAAUUAAAUAGGAUGUGAACAUCCAGUGCAUCUGCAAGUUUUAGAUUCUCUUAACGAUGAUGAUGAAAUCAUUGAAUGAAAUCUUCCGAAUAGUGUUGUGAUCA